AAAAUCGCCUGAUUGAAAACCAACGUGCAAGCUUUAAUCUUUAGUCUUUUUAGGCUUCUAUUUACACAACAGCUCAAUAUGCGAUUCAUGAAGUGCUUUACUAUCUCUUCAAUUUGACAAAAAAAUAAAAAAUCACUUUCGAGUUCACUUCGACCCCCUGCCAAAUUAUUACCCCCCUCGUUGAAAUCGCUACCUAAUUGCCUAAUCUUACAGCUUUGAUAUCAGUAUUGUUUCUGUUAUAGGGAACAGUGUUUAGCUGAAGCUUUGUGUAAUUGUGACUGCACUGAUGUCUGGCUUCUCUCCUUAUGCAUAAUGCCAUUCAUCUCACCUCUUCCUCAUAAUCUAUUUAAAUCCUUUGCUCUGAUGACAUCAGUUCCAAAUGUAAUCACAGAUCCCUUUCAAGACUUUGUGAAUCAUUUCCACACAAAGAAAAAAUGAGAUCCAGCCUUUAUCUUUUAUAUUUGUCUAUACGCUGUGGGCAUAUUGGGGCAUAUUUGAAGUCUAUUGCUUCGAAUGUUUACAAUAUUUUAGCUUAUAUUUGUGUUCAGAAAUGUUGAUUGGGUAGGUCAUAUCUGUCUUUUAUGACCUGGCAUUCAUUCUAUUUUAUAUCUUAUAUUCAAUUUCCAGUUAUUGACUCAGUUCCGGAAUGUGAAACAGAAACAGGAAAGUGAAUGGGUUACUCAGACCACAAUAUAAUUAUAACGUCUAUUAUUAUAUGGCACUAUUACGGAGACUCCUGAGGGUGUUUUACGUCUGGUCUCUCACUUUCAUUCUCGCUCUAUCAAACUUCACAGAUGUGGAUAUAACUUCCCUCCGUAUAUAUCUGACAUCAUCUGGUAAAUCACUGUCAGCUGUGUGUCAGUUUUCCGUGUGUUUUGCUAACAGCUGAGAUAUUGUCAGGUUGUAUGAAACAGAGCCUGCAGGCUCUGACAGAGCAGUGGGACUGGUAAUUACCAACAGGCAGAUCCAGCAGAUCUUGGGUCUGUGAUGGCAACUGUAGCUUGUCUCAGUGAGCGGCAGGCCUGCAUUAGAUUGAAAGAAACAAGAUAGCGCUGUGUGGUGAUGCUAUCAGUGCAGGGAAAACAAAAGAAGCCUUGAGGAACAUGGUGGAUAGAAGCAGAUGGUGAGACUAACAUCACAUUUGACGGUUCAUGAAUGGGCUUCAUGCAGAUAGACGACAGAAAGUAGUAUGGUGAAAUGAUGACAGUAAUGGAAAUGUUAGGAAAGAAACGUUAGGAAAAACUGUAGUUAUGGAAAAUGCAUUCAAAAGUCAUGACAAUUUAGUAAAUCCACAUUUUUAUAUUAUGCUAAUCUCUAAAAUGUUAUUGGGAACAAGGAUUUCCAAAGCAGUGGGAUAUUUGAGGCUCACCUUAAAUACUGUUUAACACUAAAUUUCUGACACAUUGAUAUUAUUAUUGUUUCAUUUUGUUUUAUUAAGACUGUUGGGAAUUUAUUAGCCUGUAUUAAUCAUGCUUAUUAUAUAUUUCCCGUUAGUAAUAUAUUCCAUAUUCUUUAGUUCUUUAGUACACACACACACACACACACACACAUCUAUUGUAUAACCUUAUGUAGCUCCGCCCCUUUUCAGCUUUCCACAGCGGUCUUACGUAUUUAUGAAUGAACUGUUUGUUUUAAAAUCUUCCCGGUCUACUUACAUUUGUUAAGACAUCUGCUGUAAACAUUACAAUGUUCAUGAUAACUUUUGUUAACUCUACAAUAAGUAAAUCCAGUUCACCAGCUAAUUAUUUUUUGACAGCCGAUGCCAUAAAAUAUACAGAGAUACUGCAAAAACGGAAGUUCAAAGACAAAUUUCUAAAGAUGACUGCACACACGUUUUUCUGGCGCAUAAGGUUGGGGUAACGCAUUACAAGUAACGCAAGUUACGUAAUCAGAUUACUUUUUUCAAGUAACUAGGAAGUCAUUGCUGAUUCAAUAUAGAGCACUAUGUUGAGUGAUCAGCUCAUGGAUCCUCUCUGAGACUGUGCGAGAAAGAGAGAGAGAGAGAGAGAGAGAGGGAGAGAGAGAGAGAGAGAAGGGAGCAAAGAAUAAAGCAGGAGACAGUCAUACAAGACAAGUUUAGAGGAAACACCUGGAACGAGAGAUUUGGGAGGUGACUGUCACAUAAGAGAGGACAAACCUCACCCUUCUUUCAUCCGAGUCUUCCUGUUGUGAAGGAUGAGUGCUGUCUUUGCUAAACUGGAUCCCAGGAGAAUUGAGUGGGAGUCGUCCUGGUAUGGACUCCACUCACGAAUCCUGCGCACUAAACCUGUGGACUCCAUGCAGGAGGGCCCAGGUGACCUGCAUGGCACCAGACUUGCCCGUGUGCUCACUACAGUCGAUCUGGUGUCACUCGGGGUGGGCAGCUGCGUAGGCACUGGCAUGUAUGUGGUUGCUGGGCUUGUUGCUAAGGAAAUGGCAGGACCUGGAGUGAUCUUGUCCUUCAUCAUUGCAGCUUUGGCAUCCAUUCUGUCAGGGGUCUGCUAUGCUGAGUUUGGAGUGAGAGUGCCUAAGACAACAGGCUCCGCCUACACUUACAGUUAUGUCACAGUGGGAGAAUUUGUGGCCUUUUUCAUUGGCUGGAAUCUCAUCUUGGAGUAUCUGAUUGGUACAGCGGCAGGGGCCAGUGCAUUGAGCAGCAUGUUCGACUCUUUAGCCAAUCACACCAUCAGUCGCUACAUGAUCAACCAUCUUGGAACGUUGAAUGGCUUGGGUAAAGGAGAGGAAUCUUAUCCAGACCUACUGGCUCUGCUGAUCGCUAUGGUGGUGACGGUGAUUGUGGGUUUAGGGGUGAAAAACUCUGUGAGCUUCAAUAACGUGCUGAAUGUUAUUAACUUGAUCGUGUGGGUCUUCAUGGUGAUUGCCGGACUGUUUUUCCUUUCUGGAGCCAACUGGGAGGAUGGGAGGUUUCUUCCCUAUGGCUGGUCAGGGGUCAUGCAAGGAGCUGCAACCUGUUUCUAUGCCUUCAUUGGCUUUGAUAUUAUUGCCACAACAGGAGAAGAAGCCAAGAGCCCAGACACUUCCAUUCCAUAUGCCAUAACAGCCUCUCUCGUCACCUGUCUCACGGCGUACGUCUCUGUGAGUGUGAUUCUGACAUUGCUGGUGCCAUUUAACCUGAUUGAUGGAGAUGCCCCACUCAUGGAAAUGUUUGCCGAUCAUGGCUUCCUGGCAGGAAAGUAUAUUGUAGCCAUGGGUGCUGUUGCAGGACUCACUGUCAGCCUGCUGGGAUCUCUGUUCCCAAUGCCGAGAGUCAUCUAUGCCAUGGCGGGAGAUGGUCUGCUCUUCAGGUUCCUGUCCUUUGUGAGUCCCCACACAGAGACCCCCGUGGUGGCCUGUGCUGUAUCGGGGUCUCUGGCUGCUCUGUUGGCUCUCCUAGUGAGUCUGAGAGACCUGAUCGAGAUGAUGUCCAUCGGCACGCUGCUGGCCUACACGCUGGUGUCGGUGUGUGUGCUGCUACUGCGAUAUCAGCCCGAUAGAGACGGCUUCACCAGUUUCCUCACAGAGGAGGAAGAGGAGGAACGGAAGAGGAAAGAGGAAAUGAUGGCGGCUAGUGAGAAGUACAUGAACUCACCUUGUGGAGAAGGGUAUGCCGACAACCCCUGUGGGGCCAAGAACCUUCCCUCCAAAGGAGACGACGAAACGCUGAUUGAAAAGUCGGAUUCUGGGGGCUACCAGUCGGACAGUUCUGGUUUCGGCGUUGGAGAGAAUGGCAUCGAGGCAGACGACUCUGAUAGUCUUUUGAAACGCAUAUUGGGGUCUCAGUAUUACACUAUGCGGAUGCGUUUGGGCCUGCCGAACGUGGGCGAUAAGCCCACUCCUGCAACAGGACGUACUGUUACUUCCUGCGUCCUCCUUUUCUUCAUCCUGACCUUCUUUCUAUGGACGCUCGUCAUCUACGGCUUCGAACGGGUUUCAGGAGGAGCCCGCUGGGCAAUAAUGCCUUUUAUAAUGACUAUAAUUAUCCUCAUGGUUGCUUUGGUUGUUGUUAUUCUUCGGCAACCUGAGAACCCUAAAAAGCUGCCUUACAUGGCACCCUGUGUGCCCUUUGUGCCUAUAGCUGCCAUGCUGGUGAACAUUUACCUCAUGCUCAAACUAUCCAGCAUCACCUGGGUGCGCUUUGUGGUGUGGUGCUCACUAGGUGUGCUGAUCUAUUUUAGCUAUGGGAUGUGGAACAGCUCCCUGGAACUCAGCGCUAGAGAGGAAGCGGCUCACGCCAGCUCCUACCAGAGGUACGACACGGAGGUUGACGACAGCUUCAAUGUUGAUGAAGACCUUCCUCCUCAGGAGGACGAAGAGGAGGGACAGUACCAGGGCUGGGCGGCUGAGGAACGUGGCUAUCAGUACCAGCAGCAGUAUGAUGAACAGAGACCAUCCAACAGUCACAAUUACAAAAGUAAAGGCAGGACCAAUAAAGGCUUUGAGGAGCUGGUCAAUGAAGAAUAUUCACCGGAGUGAGCAAUAUAGACUUAACUGUUGUCGCAAUAGAGGUUGGAUUUGGGUGACCAUGAUUUUUCCAAACAGAAUAUGUUUCUGGAUCAAAAUGUAAAUAAGUAUGACAUGACAAAAUAAAUGUAACAAAUAUUUUUGUCCAAAAAGACAAAACUAAUGCUAAACAAGUGAUGCUGUAAAACAACAAGGUUGGGUAGUUAUUGGUUAGGUUUAGUACUCUGCCUAUUGUAUUGUAAUCCAGGAACACAUUCUACUUGACAAAAUCAGUCACUGAUGAAUUUCCUAGGUUUGAUAGUGUUAAUCAUGUCUCACUAUGUAUUAAAACAUUUUUGAGUGUAUUUCUUUGUGAAAAAUAUGUGUUCUUAAACAGGUUGGUAAAUGCAUUUGCACCUUGUGAUAGAUAAGUGACUUAUCUAGAGGGAUGUUUAGACCAGUUUUUUAUUAUUGAGGCUUCAUAAGUGCCUUUAAAUAACCCCUUCUUAAUGUUAUUCUUCUAAAAUCGAAUAUAAUGUCUUUCUGAUGUGAGCUGCCGUUUCAGUGUUCACACAAUACUCUUUUACUCUAAGAUAUUACUUGCCCUCCAUAUAAAUAAUAAAAUCUCUUUAAAGCAAAAACCAAUGCAAGUUGUUACUACAUGAGCAGAAACCCCCUUAAAGAUGCAUUGAGUGGACUUUUCACCUUACAUCAUCUUCACAGCUGUGUUUGAUCUAAAAUCUCAAGCACUCCCUUGAAUUUCAAGGGGAAAUAUUAUGAUUGGCUCCCUGUGAAAGCUUAAUAGUUCUCAAAAUAUUUUGCGACAUCGAUAUCAAAUUCUUUCUAUGUUGGUU